ACACAACGCCAUAUUUGCGAAAUGGAUCAGGAACAAUAAUAGUUGGUCAGCUGUAAAUGUUUUUGAGAUUUUGCUGGUACAAGUGUGGUGUAUUUAGGAAAAUCAAAGUCCAUAAAAAAAUUACUCUGGGAUGUUUUUUUUGAAGGACUAUAGCACACAUUUCUUAUGGAAGAACUUGUCCUUUGAAGUGCAUACGAGAAUCCUCUAAACUUUGAGGGCAGGUAACUGUUUCAGUCUUGAGUUGAGUAGUGAAUCCUACCAACUACUUGCAAUCUAAACAAAACUAAAUUUAAACCAGCGUCCGAAGCUGGAAACUGCUUUUUUUUUUCCAAGUGUGGGGGUAGUGUUCUACUAAAGGAAUCAUUUCUAAAUAAGUUGAAAUUAUUUGUUCAAAUCUUUAGUUUGUUUACUUAAUGCAUACAAUUGCUUUUUGAGUGAAAUGUUUUUAAAAAAAGUUUUUUAAAAAGUAUAAUACAUACAUCAUUUGCCAGUGAAUAGGGAGUGGGCAAUGGGGUAAAUUUUGAGUUAAAGGUAUGGGCAUGGGUUUUGCCAAGAGUUUUCUCACCCUAAGCGCAGUGACGUCACUUUGGGGAAAUCCCAACACUGGACUUAAGGUGAAUAGACCUAUUCUUUGAAGGAUCCGAACGAUGUAUGUUAUAACAUUCCUGUUCUUUAUUGAGCAUUAUUCGCGUCAUAAACGAUACGGUUAAUAUGAAGUAUAUUAAAAUGAAAUUUUCCAUUAAUUUGUAUUAAAAUUCAACUUACAUGUUUCAAAAGAAAGGAAAAAAGAAACACAUCCUUGCUGUUACCCCAAGACCCAACACCAGUGGAAAAAAAAAAGACUGGCGCCAAAAGUGCUGUAUUUUGAUUAGUUGAAAUCAAAAUACCCGUAUGUUGAAACUUAGGUAACAAAGGAAGACUACUGCUUAAAUUGCAUUUGGAAUGAUCUUCUAGGGACCCCUCACCUCGCUUUAAAUACCAAAAUAAGAAACAUAGACAUUCUCUAGGGAGGGGAGACCCCCUCCAAUUUAAAUACACUAUAAUGUGUAUGCAUAUAAGGCGUAUAUAAGGGCCGAACAGGGUUUACACAUUUGUAAAAAUACUAAUUUUGUCUGAAGGCUAUGACUAUGAUUUAAAUAGAGUCUAAUUCUAAUGAUAAUGGGGAAUGUUUCUAUUUUUAUUGUCUGAACUGACUGGAGGGACGGGAGGGAAAAAAGGGAAAUGAGUCCUAGUGUAAAUUUAGGCAUAAGUAAUUUUUUAGACUGGUGUAGUGGUUCUCAAAGUUGUCUAAACUGCCCAACGAACAGCAAUCACUUUACCAAGCCUAAACAUCUCAUUAUGUUUAAGAAUAAACAUUUGCACACAUCUUUCGUUUUUACGCUGCCAUAUUUUUUGAAAAUGACAAUAAGAUAGCGGACACAAAAAAGAAAAAAUGGUGUCCAAAGCAACAUUUUUAUCUCUAAACCUAGUUCACACCCAAAAAAGGAGUCCCUAACCUCCGUUUUCCCUUAAAAAGUUUUUAAAAUAUGACAAUGACAUUUGUAAUUUUGUGGUACAUUUUACACUUAUUUGCACUUAUCUUUUGAUAGAUAACCAUACAAACUAUUAUUCUUAGAAUAUCAUGAUUUUAUGAGCCCUAGGCCAAGGGUUGGCAAGAGAAAAAUUUUGAGAACCACUGUAUUACACUUAAAAUUUCAAAGUCAUUUUAUUAAUAGCCGGUAUUAGCUUUUACUUUUUUACAUUUUUUAAAAAGUCAUUACAAGCUGGUUUUCUUUGUUAACAGAGAGCCUCUUCUUGGCAUCCUGAUGGGGACAUUUUCAUCACCUUCAGUUAGUGGCACAUUUCUCUUGGAACAAAUUUUUUCCCUCAAAGUGCACUACAUUUUUUUAGUUUUUAAUAUAGAAAAUUAAUAUUAUUAUUAUAUCGGUAGAAAGUAUGUACAUUUAUUCACAAAUUCUGCAAUACCUGCAUUCCAUAAAUAGCAUAUUUAUAGUUCUAAUGCUGUAAAAAUAUCAUGCAAUAUUUUGUAGGAAUUAUCAUCAUAAUGUUGUCUUGUGCUUUCACAAGUUAACUCACUAGAUGUUGCUCCAGUAGUAGAAAACUAACAGAUUAUUUAGUCAACCAUAUGUUUCAUGUACAUUAGACCUAUAUUGUUCUUCUACGCCAGCCGUUCAUAAAAUUUACCAAAUUUAGGUUUUCACCAGGUGCCCUAUGUUAAAUUCUAACUAGUAUACCUUGAAACAGUGAAUAUAUUAAAAUAUAUAUUGGGUAAAAAUAAAUAGAACAGUAAUUACUCAAGUGAGUUAGGAGAUAGCACAUUGGAUUAAAAGUGGAAAUAAAACUAUGAAAAUUGUGUAUUAUUUCGCGGCACCUCUAUGAGGAAGGCGCAGCAACCCAGGACAAGGCAGUGCUGAGGAAAAGUGGCGCCAGGUGUGAAGCCUGAAAAAUGGAACCCCUCAAUGUAUAGAGUAAAGUACGGACCAGUAAAAGGGUGACUUUGGCGUUGUGUCAUCGUCACGCGCCCCCUUCCCAUGUUGGAGUCCGGGGCAAGUGUUCCCUUCUCAUGGCCCUGUCCGAGGUCAACACGGCACAUAUUUUGGAAACCACUUUGGGGGGGGGGGGGGUUAAAGCUCUAAAUAUGUAUGCACAGGGGGUGACAAAAUGUAUGCGUGAGUCAUCGUCACGCGCCCCCUUCCCAUGUUGGAGUCCGGGGCAAGUGUUCCCUUCUCAUGGCCCUGUCCGAGGUCAACACGGCACAUAUUUUGGAAACCACUUUGGGGGGGGGGGGGUUAAAGCUCUAAAUAUGUAUGCACAGGGGGUGACAAAAUGUAUGCGUGCAACAGUGGGAGGGGGUUAAACUUUAUGGAUAGUUAUUUGCUUGGGUGCUGUAUGACGUACCGAUAAUUCAGUGACAUAAUCCGGAGCUGGGUGGCCGAGUGGUCUAAACUGGUCUCAAGUUAGUGGUCUGGAGUUCAAUUCCAGCCAAAGCCCAGUCAAGCAAAAAAAUCACCAGCAGAAGAUGAGACUCGUUAACCUUGGAUGGCAACUCAUCUAAGAGAAGGAAACUCUGAAAUCAAACCCGGAGGAGUCCCGAAAGGUGGAUAACAUUGGUACAAUGAAACAUUCUGGUGCCAAGCUAUAUCAUCAAAUGAUGUUCCCUUGGGUUAUCCAGCGGCAUGGAGAGAGGCAAUUUGCUGUUGGGAACCAGCUUAUAAUCCUUGAAGAAUAAUCCCAGGCCUUGUGGAUUUCAUCCUCCGAAGCCCACACCAUCGUCACAUUGUGACAGAUGGAUGCCAGCAAAAAAAAAAAAAUCCGGAGCGAUUGUGAAAACGGAAGUUACAUAUUUUAUAAUAUCAAGAAAGCUGCAUUUGAAAUCUAUUUUUAAAAGUCAUUAAGCAUGAAAUAUUUUGGCUCGCCAGGUGUCCAGACCUGUUUACUCAUAGGAUUUUGGCAUACAAUGUAUGAUUUUGAGGUGUAUACAUUAUAUAUACUGUAUGUUUAUUUUUUUACCAUUAAGAUAAUGUAUUGAAUGAAUUUGUGAUGAUAUUGCAUGAUUUUAAGAGUUUGAGGGUAAACAGGUCUGAACUGACCUCUUCAUUAUAUAAGCGAUUACUUCCUUUUUGAUAUCAACGCACAUUUAAAAUGUAUACAUAAAGCAUUUUUUGAGUGCGUCAUUUUGGGUUUACCCACCCUUCUUUUGGACAGAUUUCAAAGUAGAUUUAAUUAGGUCAAUUUAAAUCUAAAAUAAAAACUAUUAAACAAUUUUACUAUUUUAGUAUCUUCUCAAAUUAAAGUAUUUUUUUUAAAACACAGCUAGGAACCUAAUUUAAGCAAUCAUUGCUUUUGUUGUUCUCAGAUCCGAUUAAGUGUAGAAUGAUGCAAAAGAAAAUUGAGGUAUACGCCUAAAUGCAACCGUCAUUUUGAAUUUAUAAAAUAAAAAUUCUGGGGAGAGGGCUCAGCCGACCCCCACUUUUCCUCUGGUGACUUCUGCGGGGGCCCUCGAUCCCCCCACCCCAUCUUCAUCUUUUAAAGUGGCAAUGGCAGGCACCGUUUUAUCUGCGAUAAAGCACUGUUUAUAAAUAUAUAAACAUCAGUCGUCUCCUUUAUGGAGUGACCAUUUUUUAGACAUGUGAGUAGUUAUGUAUAUACCAUACUGUAUGUUUAUUUAUUUACUACUAAAGUACAGCAUUGUAAAAUUUUGAGAUGGUAAAGUAAUAUUCUGAAUUGAUAUUGCACUAUUUUCGAAGGUACCAGAUCAGUUAAAAUAUAAUAACUUUGGAAUUUCCAAGUGCUUGCUAGUAGGCCUAUAUUAUAUUAUAUUUUAAUUAAAAUCCAAUUACAGCUGCAGUAGUUAGUGCUGUCGACAGGUCCUUGGGUACCCGCCUGAGGCUUACUUCUCAGGUAUACAAGUUUAAAAAUCUAUUGAAAAAAAUCACUUAAAAGUAUGAAAUUUCUAAGAAAUUUAUCUUUACCCUCCACUGCCAUUAGUGCCUGCUGUCACCUCCCAACUUCUUUCCAAGGUCAUAGUAUACACUACAACAAUCGGCAUGCUGAGUUUACUAUGCUAGCAAAUUUAUGCUAGCAAGUUUAGAUGAUAAAACAAUCAAACGGAUCGAUGUAGAAUAAAAUUCAACACUUUUAUAUCAGUAGAUAAUAAAAGCGGCCAGUGACGACAUCCUUCACAUUUGUGACUUGCUAUAAUCUGUCUUGUUUUUUGUGUGGAUUUUUUUGGGUACGUGGCAACGUGGUCGACAUGGCAGGUGUUUUCGACAGCCCUGGUACUAUAAUGUAUGCAUCAAACCAACAUUCCUGUUUUGAUUUUUCUGCUCAGUGAAAUUAAACAAUUAAAAAGGCCAUUUAUAUUUCAUGUUCUUUUCUUUUUCUUUUUUUCAGUGUAACCAUGGCAGACACUGAACUAUUGAAUUUUCUGAAAUACCAUUAUCCAAAUGUACCUAUUACGGCUGUUAUUAAAGUGAUGAGAAGGGUAUGUCAAGUUCAACGCAUUUAUUUGAAUAGUUUAAAGUAUCUGAUACAUUCUUAAAUAGGCUGUUAUAACUGUUACAUUAUGAACUAUAUAAUGACAAUCUUUUUUUAAAAAAUGUAUUUUUAUUAUUAAAUUUUUCAGUUUGGCAAUGACAAAGACAAAUGUAUAAAAGCUCUAGAAGAGGACAAGAAAAAUUAUCCCAAUUCUGAUAUUCCAAUGAAUACCCCUGUUCAAGAGACUUUAAGUAAUAACAACAUCCCCAGUCCUGGGGAAGGGAAGUCCAUAAGUGCUCGUAUACAAGAAUUACAAGUAUCUCAUGAGAGUGCUAUUCAGUCUAAAGGGGCUGAAAGACAUGUAAGCACAAUUGAGAGAUCUGUAAUCAACCCUUCACGAAAUCAGGAUUUAAAAAGACCUGUGGUUACCCAAUCUGUGUUAGUGACUGUACAAACUGGAGAUAGGUCUUCUUCCACAACCUCAGGAACAGCUGCUGCUCAAGGCAAUAGAGUUCCCGGGGGCAAUAUGAUCACACCUCAGACAGCACCUGCUGAUUUUACACCAUUCAUGUUCAGCCGUUCUCCUACAGAUGUCCCAAAUAUUGAAUGUAGAGCUGCUGCUAGACCUCGUCAACCUACCAUGAACUCAUCUGCUACAAGCAGCCCGGUUGAGCAACGUCGCCCUGUCAAGGUCAUCAACAUUCCUCCUGGGUCACUAUCAGGGGGCUCAGUGUCACCUGCCGCCACUCCACCGAACUCUCGCCAUAUCCGAAUGCAUUUUGGAGACACCGGGGGAAUUUGCACAGUGUCAGCACCCCCUUCAAACAUGCAUCGCUAUGGGUCCACACCCAAUGUUAGCCAGCAUUUUCGUACAGAACUACGUACCGAGGCCACUUCAUCUCAACCUGUUCAUUCAUCAAGUAUAGUUGUGAAUACCACUAGCCAUGUUAAUAAUUUAACACCUGAUAGAAAAGCAAAUAGUGGUAGCAAUAAAGACUCUCCUCAUGGAGAUGGCAGGAGAACUCCAGUGCCACCCCUGAACUUAAACACAAGUGACUUUCAAGCCAGUUCUGGAACAAAUAAUCCUCAUUCAGCAGUUCGCCCUUUAUCAACACCUGUGCAGGCUACUUCCCCAGGGACCGCACACUCAAGGCCUAUGUUUGUUGAGAUUAGGCGAGAUCAAGUUUCUAGUGGACCUUUCUUCUCACCUGCUACUGUAAGGGCCCCACCUACUUUUAUCCCCCACCAGACUUCAUACAACUCUUCAGGAAACAACUACAUACCAUACAAUUCAGACUUUCCAAAUCAUUCACAGCAGGAGCAUUACCAAAAUGCUCAAUAUAAACGGGCAGGCUAUAGUAGUCCACCAACAAGCAUUUACCAGUCUUCUUCUAAUAGUACUUACAGUCCUUACCCUCAGUACAAUAUCUCAAGUUUUCCAGUUAUAGGUGUUUCUGGACCAGCAGGGCAACUUCCUGGUCAGCCACCAAGCCACCUUUCUCAGUACACCCACUAUACUCCCCCGCAAGGACUAACUGGUAUUCAUCAUCUCCCAAAAAGUCCAAGCGUUGGAGUUGCCCAGCCUUUAAUGAACAGCAGAUCCAACAGUCAAGAUAGUGAACAUAGUGUUGGAGCGGAGUAUGAUGGUCGCAGUCAUCAUUAUAACAAUAUGGGCUCUCGUGUCUCUAGUCACAGUAGCAUAAGCUCUGAUUCCUCUGUUAACCGAUUAGACAGAGGAGACAAAGGGACAAGACCACGUUCAGGGAGUAUACAAGAUGAAGCGGGUUACAUACAAGGUAAACAAAUUUCUUUUUCUUUUUUUAAAUAUAAUUUUUUUCUUUUGUAAGUAAAUUACAAAUGUAAAAUUAAUUAUUUUGUUAUGAACCAUUAUAUACUUAAUUAAAAAAUGGUUAAUAUUUACAGCUUUGCUUCAGCACCAAAAAAGCAGGAUGAAAAAACUAGAAGAAGACACAGAGCAAUACAAAGUUAUUUUAGAGAGAUUGCGUGCCGAAGUUGGGGAUAUGGAAAAAAAUAUGAUAGAAAACAGCAGCCAUGCCAGUAGAAGCUUUCCAUCUGUAAGCUUUCUUGUUUCAAAGUUUUUUCUUUAGUAAUUUUAAAAUUGAUAUUUACGUCAUUGAGGACUUUUGUAAACUCAAGGACCAACACUUUAUGUGUUUCCCUUUUUAAUCUUGCUCUAAGGACCUUUAUUUAAAUUGUCUAAAGUUUUGUAUAAUAGCUUUGAAUGCAACCAUAUAUUGCUGCAAUAAAUAAAUAUUUAUUUAUGAUUGAUGUUGUCUUGCUGCAAGUGUUGAUAUUAAACGGGGAAAUAGAUAAGGCCAAAAGAUUUGUUAGGACAUACUUCUUUGUUACAGAUAUGAUUUGUCCACAAUUGACAUGUCUUUGUUUUUCAGGUUGAAGACAUUUCUAGAUUGUGUGAAAGCAACAGGUUACUUCAGACUGAUAUACAAAUGUAUAUGAAUGAAAUUGACAUGUACAAAAGUGGACAAAGUAAGUUUCAGGGAUGCUUGUAUUACUUCAAUGACAUACAUAGUCUUAAGAAAUAUCAAAUCAAGUAUGUCUCAGAAAGUUAUAUGUGAUGUUCGGUAAAAGUGUUUGUACACAAGUUGUUUUUUAAAUGCUAUUUUCUAUCUAUACAGAUAAGGCAUUACCAUAUUUUACAAUUAAAACUUUAUAAUAUUUCAAAUACAGAACUUCAAUAGUCACUUUUACGGUUCCAAAAAUAACCUUGAUCAUACACUUUGUAUUUUAACAUGUUCAUGAAAAGAAUUUAUUUCCUACCUAAAGUUUUUUUUAUUAGUAAUUCCUAAGAUUUGGAGGGUGGGGGGGAGGGGUGGCGCACAAGAAUAAAACCCCAGAAUUUGGUUUGUUGGGAAUCUUAGGCCUUCAAUGGGAUAAAUAACUGUAAACUUUGAGGCAUUUUGCAACAUUUUCUUAUCUGUCAUGUGAGGAUUAUGUAUACAACUUAAUAGAUGUGUGCUCAUUACAGCCUAUUAAUGUUUUAUUUCAAGCCCCUUUCAACAAGAUUAAUCCUCUUGACCAGCAAAACUUUUUUGCCAACAUGCCAACUGGACAGCAUGAUCCUAUUUAUGGUAGGAUUCCUGCUUCAGGUAGAUUAGAUGACAAUCGAAGACGUAAGUGCUUGUCAUACACUUUGGCUUUUUAUGUUUCUUAUUAUGUUAUUCUUGCAUGCUGACAGACAGUAUGCAAUCAAUACGAGAUCAAUAUACUCUUACUGGGUACAAAUCUAGGUAAAUAAACCUAAGAAAAAUUUGAAGGUAUAUUUUCUUUUCUUAUGACCACAACAACUUUUUAAAAAUAUUGCAUUCAGAAGAUGACACAUUUUUUUAGCAGCUGAAUGUGUUAAACUUUAACCCUUUUGACAAUAAUAAAAGGUCUGAGGACAAUCCAUUGUGUAUAUUCCCAUACAUAACCAUUAUGAAUUUGAAGACUUCCAUUUAUUACUGCCUUUUACUUUCUUAUGCCUGAUAAAAAUAAUCAGGGAGAGAUUUGAUUCACUUUCUUCUUUUUUAAUAAUAGACCUUUCAAUGAUUUUGUAUUGACCUCAUUUAACAUCAGACGUGAACAUCAAGAUCAGACUUUAAUGCUUAGUUGUAACAAGUGGGGUUAAAGAAUUGACAUUUUCUCAGAAACAUUGAUUUUAAUAUUGAUAGCCUGCAAUCGAAAAAUGUAUUUCAAUAGUUAGAAUUUACCUCAAUUGCAUGUUGCAUCAGUCUCCACAUUAUGUACAUUUACCACAUAUACUAGUUCUGUAAGCAAUACCUUGAGGAAAUAUUUCAGUGGAAUAAGAUGGGCGAGUCAUAGGAGAUUUCUAUAAUUUUAUCUGGGUACAUUGAUUCAAUUCAAGAAUACAAUUUUGAAGAAUGUAAUUAACCAAAGUCAACUUAAAGCCAUGUGCAAAAAAGGUUCACUAGUUUUGUCCUCAUUUUGGGGUUUCUGGGAUUAGCUGUGCUUAGAAAGUAUCAAAUUAACCAACAUUGAAUAAUGAAAUGUCAAGUUGUAUUUUCUUUUCAAGAUCUUAUAAGCAGUUGAAAUCUUUUUUUGUAACUGUUAGAGUAGUCUCAUUUUCAUAUGGUUUGUUACCAGCGAUCUGCAUUUACAUAGACUUGUUGAUAUUUUUAGUUUUAGACUUGUUGAUAUUUUUAGCUGAAUACAUGCAUGGAAAGAUAAGGCUAUAUUUCUUUCAAAUCAGCAAUCAUCUUUUACUGGAAAUGUUCAGCAGGGUUAGACACGCAAUGCGAGUUCCUUUCUUAUACAUUAUACUAUACGUUUACUAGUUUUCAUUCUUUCAGUUACACAAUAAUUUUUUUUAAAAAGUUUUUACUGUACCAUAUUGCACACACUAGCAUAUUAUUUUAUUGGUUCGGCUUAUAAGCAGGUUAUACACCUAUAAGACUUUUCCCAGUAAAAAAGGGUGGGGGUGUCUUGCUUCUGAUUGAUUGGUUUUUAGAUCUAGUAUAUACAGUAAUGUUUUUCACUUAUAUGAUAAAUCCAAUCCAAGUUAUUACUUUUAAGAAAGAUAUCAACCAUUCUUUUCAAAUGUGUCAUUGAUGAUUUCUGUUUUUUCAUUUUAGCAUUGCCUGUUCCUCCUCCAAGGCCACCACCACCUAUUCCCAUUAGGCAACCCUCCGCAGAGAUCAAUCAAGCCAUUGGCGGAAACCAUAGUAAUGACAUCUUUCGUGUACCCCCUGUUCCUAGCAAUUAUCAACCAGCUGUUAACUCAGGAGACUCGGAAGAGGGAGAUUCCUGGAACUGUUCCUAUUGCACCUUUUCCAACCACCCAGCACUAAAAAAAUGUGAAGUAUGCGAGAUGCCUCGGAAUGAAAUGAUUCCAGGCCCACCUCUUCCCCCACAUCAACCAGUAAUUGGGCAUUUACCUCCUAGACUUGUACAAGAUGUAGUGGGAAAUGUUCAGGCACGGUCUGGGUCACCCUCAUCAACUCUAGGACACCAUCAUCGAGCUGGUGAGCUAUGUUAUUGUCACAGCAAAUAUUUAAAUCACUGAUAUAUUCCAUAUUAACUUAAAUCUUUUAUUUUAACAUUGUCGGUUGUUGUUUAUUUUAUUAAAGAAAAAUGUUGGUACAAUAAACUAACGUUUAGUUACCACUUUUUCUUUACUUUAGUAUCUGUUGUAGAAAUGGGCUCUGUAAAAAAAUAUACCAUAGUAGAAAUAUACAGCCCCACAUGAUUAAAAAUUGGACAAAUAUACAACCCUCUGAUGAGAUUUCCAAGUAGUCAAUUUAAUUUUCUCAAUCAAAAAGUUUCUGAUAUAUUUAAUAAUUUUUAAAUAUAUUUUCCAAUAAAAAUUAAUUCAUAGAAUGGCUUCUUUUUAAAUCAGCCUGUUUGUUUGUAAAUAUAUGUCUGAUAAUAAAUCCUAUGUAUAUAUAGUGCUAUCGUGAUAAAUUAGGUAUCCAGGCCAGGGUCCAGGGCGGAAAAAAAUAAUAACCAAAGGGUAUCCUUGUGUACCAGUAUAUGUAUGUUAAUAUAUAUAUUACAUUUAGGUAACAUUAAAACUAUUAUGUAGAUCUGCAGUAAUCAAAGUCAGUCUCUGUGCUUAGAUGUUUCGUUACAUGAAACAAACAGUUAAGCCUAGUUUAAUAAUGAAUCUGUUUAUUAGCUCCUUAAAUCAAAAUCAGACUAUAACAUAGUUGCUGUGGUUCAGUAAAUUUUAUUUUGCUAAGUUUUAAAUGUAAUUCAGAUCUGAAUUUUUUUCUGACAGAAAAAAUUUGUGUCAUAAGAAAUCAGAUCUUAAUGAUUCAUUUUUUUUUAAAGUCCCUAUAUAACAGAAACAGGUUAGAUAUAACUUAUGUAUGUUAAUGUUAGAUUUUCUCAUUUGAAAGCUGUGAAUGUAUGAGGUGAUCAUGUUCAUAUUAAGGGAUUACAAAAUUUAAAAAGGGACACAAUUAUUUUUGUAACUAUUUACUUCUGAAAUUUAACUUGUCAAAAAAGUCAUUGGGGCUUAUUAGAAGUUUAGUUUUAUUGCUUUCAAUUUAAAAUUAUAAAUUUUUAAAAAAGGAUUCAAAAUUUGAAUAAAUCUACAAAUAAAUGACACUGCAAUAGAUUUAAGUGAAUUGUUUACCUGCUGAUAAUAUUUUCUCCUACUGUUACCUAAGUAAAUUUAAUUUAUUUCAUCAUGUGAUGAUUUUUCUUCACAUACUUCAGUCAUUCAAUGGUUACAGCAACAAAGUUGGGAGCGGAUGUUUAUUGUUUGCUUCUUUUAUUGGUGAUUGGUAUUUUAUAAAAUCUAAGCACGCAUUUUCCUAUCCAAAACACUUAAAAAGCAGGUUUUUUUAUUCUUUCCUUGUUUUUGUGAUUUUGCUUAUCAGGUACAUAGAGCUUCCCACCAUGCUGGCUUUUCCAAUUCCUUCACCUGGGAAUUGAUGGGGUUAUUUAAUUGGGUGUGGAGAACACAAUGGACCUCAUCUGCAUGUUGUUACUUCACUUGUCUGCCCCAUCACCCAUUGUUGUCUUUCAAGUUGUCCUGCCUGCAGACGUAUUGGAGAUAGUUAAAGCAAAGACUGUUGCCCAUCAACAGCAUGCCUCAAGCAUAGAGAGAAAAAGUACCUGAUUAUACAUGUUAACAUUUUAUGGUGACUAAUGAAUGAGCAUGGAUGACAAAAGCAAAAAUGAAAAGCAAUUAUUUUUUUUUAUGUUUCAGAGAAGAAAAAUAUAAUGUUAAACCCAUUUUUUAAUAAACUGUUGUAAUGUUGUCUCAGUAUGACCAGUGAAUGCUAUCACAUCAUUUUGGUUUUGACUUUUUUUAAAAUUUCUAAGAUCAUUUUAUUACUUCAUUUUUUUUUCUUUGAAACAGUUGUGUGACUGGAGCAUGUUGAAUACAUAUAUCCAAGUAAAUGUAAUCUGAGUUAAAAACUUACUUAAACUUAAUGAUUAAAAUACUUUCUAAAGAAAGGUCCUUAUGAAAUCAACAGUUCCGACUAUACUAAAAGAAUAGCCAGUCCAGGUUGUCAGGUGUAUAGAAAGCAAGUGUAGUGGGCAACAUCCCCUAGUUUUCGUUUAAAAACCUAUUUUAACUCUUUCCAUGCCAGGGGUUUUCCACGUUUGUGCCAGACCAGUUUUCGGCCGAUGGAAAUUUUUAGGGUGCUCUUAUCUAUUAAUAAAUUUUGAAUAUAUUUCUUUUAGCACUAUAGCUGUAUUUCAUAUCAAAUUAAAGGAAAUUGGACAGAAAAUAGUAAUAUGUAUCAGAUAAAACAAUAUGACAACAAUAGUUUAAAUUUUUCUGGUAAUAUUAUGAGAUCAAAUUUUUUAUUUUUUUAAAAAAUGCGUACCCACUCUGAACUUACCAGACAACCAUUUGGUCUGUGUAGCUGGUAUCCUAUUCUGCUUCAAUCCUCAGAAAGUAUAUCCAUUUUUUUAUCAUAAUGCAUUUUACAUUUUGAAAAUAUUCCAUUUAAUGAGAGAGUUAUAACCAAUUUUGUAAUGUUAGGAGUAGUACUAUCUGAAUCCUCACUGUUGUCAUAGUAACAAAGUCGUUUUGAAAAAAAAACAUAACUUUUGAACCACUUGAGCUAGAAAGUUGAUCUUUGUGUUUUUGUAAUCCAUUAUCUAGGCUUUAUACAUCCGUAGUAUCUUUAUAUUUUAAAAAAAUGUUUUGAAAUUUUAUGAAAGUGCAGACAGUCACCACUAUUACUAUCAACAUUCUAUUACUAUUUCCAGUUGGCAUUUACCGACCCAUUAGAAAGCUGAAAAUGAUCAUUGGAAUCAGAUUCAAAUGAUUCAUGGUUAUUGUCUGAUGUUUCAGGAUCAAUAAUUAGCAAUAAAAGAUCUUUUGUUUGCAAACUGGACUACCUACGUGGUCUAGCAACAGCUGAUUUGCUUGGAGUAGGCGUGGCCAUUGAUUUGUUUACAAAAGUUUCAACACAAAUUGAACUAUUAGAAAAAACACAUGUAAACAAGCCUUACAGGCAGGAAGUAGGAAGAGUUAUCCUUUGUUAGGACAUAAAAAGUCGGAUUAAUAGCCGCAGGCAACGACAUUAAAAAAAAUUAUUAUUUUGACAAUAUAUCGUUGCCAGUCAAAUCGACGAUAUACAGUGGCUUGGCACGGAAAGAGUUAAGCCUUUGGGUUCAAUUUUCACCAAAGUCAAAUUAACUGAACAAAGUUAUAAACUAGCUGAUGAUUUCAGGUUAUUCUUGUUUUUAUUAAAUGAUAUAUCCAAUUCAGUGUCAUUUUUGUUAUUUGGCUAUCAUGUAAUAUGAAACAAAGUGUAUAAAUUUAUUAACCGAGUAUCUUUGAAACAAACCCAAAUGAAAUACAUUUUCUCCCCACCCCCUCAAAAAAACAAAUUCGUUUGAAAUCUGAAUUGACAGUUUUAGUAAAUAAUUUUUCUUAUUAACUGGGAAUGUCCUGAUUAUCAGAAAGUAAAAAUUUGCAAAUUAGCCAUCAUUUAAGUACAAAUUGAUAAAUCCACUGCUGGUUUUUGGCCAUUGUUAUGUACAGGUAGUAAUAUGUGAUUCUUUCAUUCUUAUAUACUCAUCCCUUGAUCAAUGAUUGGGC